AGUCUGACAGGGCAAGGCUAUAAAUGUCUACUCAGAAGUAAGGCCCCACUGUGGGACUUACUCCCAGACGCCUCGCUCUUCAGCAAGGAAGCCUGUUGAGAGGGCAAGUGGUAGGUGAGAGAAGGCAAAAGGGUGGAAAGAGAAAAACAGAGAGGGAGGGAAGGGAACUGGAAAGAGGGAAGCAUGGCUAGCGAAUUCAAGAAGAAAAUGUUCUGGAGAGCGGUGGUGGCCGAAUUUCUCGCCAUGAGCCUCUUCAUCUUCAUCAGCAUUGGCUCAGCCCUGGGCUUCCAGUUCCCCAUCACGGACAGUGACAACAGGACCACAGCACCUGUUCAGGACAACGUGAAGGUCUCGCUGGCCUUUGGGCUUGCGAUUGCCACCAUGGCCCAAAGCGUGGGGCACAUCAGCGGGGCCCACCUGAACCCGGCCGUGACCCUGGGCCUCCUUCUCAACUGCCAGAUCAGCAUCUUCCGGGCCGUCAUGUACAUUAUCGCCCAGUGCUUGGGGGCUGUGGUAGCCACAGCAAUUCUUUCGGGAAUCACCUCCUCUCUGGAGAACAACGUGCUUGGGCUCAAUGCGCUGGCCAAAGGGAUCAAUCCAGGACAAGGCCUUGGUAUUGAAAUCAUUGCCACCUUUCAGCUGGUGCUCUGUGUGCUUGCCACAACAGACCGGAGGAGGAACGACAUCUCUGGAUCAGCGCCGUUGGCCAUCGGGCUUUCUGUGGCCUUAGGACAUCUUCUUGCUAUUGACUAUACCGGUUGUGGAAUCAACCCUGCCAGAUCGUUUGGAUCUGCUUUGAUUGCCAAUAAAUUUACUGAUCACUGGAUCUUUUGGGUUGGCCCACUUAUCGGAGGGGCCAGUGCUGCCCUCAUCUAUGACUUCAUCCUGGCUCCGAGGACCAGUCAUGUAACCGACCGCAUGAAAGUCUGGACCAGUGGUCAGGUGGAAGAAUAUGAUCUUGAUGUGGAUGAUUCCAGAGUGGAGAUGAAACCAAAAUAAAAGAGAAUGAAGACAAGAAGAAAAAGAACACCAAUUUCUGAAAUUUUUUUAUCAGUAUUAUAGACUCUUUGUAAAACAACAAGCAGUUCUUCCAAAUUUUUUUAUAAGUCAUUAGAGUUUUUCCUUCUGCAUUUUUCUCCUAUCCUUUUCAGAUUUUUAGAUCUGUGGCUGUACCACAAGAAAACAAAAUGGAAGGGGGGGGGAGAGAGAUGAUUAUAUUUUGUAUUAUAUACGCGUGCAUGAGCUAGGGAGAAGAUUGGCAGUAGGCAUUCUGGAAGCCCAAAUGUAUAUUUCUUUAUCCAAAGGGACUGGCUUCUCCCACAGUAGAUGAACAUAUGAGAAUAAAGCCCACACGAAGAGCUUCAAGCAGUCGGAAAUGAAUAUUGAAGAGACUUUGCCUGCCAAGCUCUAGAAAUGAAAAAAAAAAGUCUAUGGAAGUGGCAGGGCUGAUAGAAGCUUCUAGAGCUUGGGUGGCCAACUUCUAUAUCCUGCGGAUUGUGCUCAUCUCUAGAAAGUAGCAACGACACCAGAAGGUUUUUUUUUUUUAAUCACAUACAGACCCAAUCAUGAGUGGUCAGACUCCAGAAUGAAGUUGAUGCCAUUUAGGCCUUUGCCAAGGUGGUGCCCUACAGAUGUUUUGAACUACAACUCCCAUCAGCCCCUAACCAGUAUGCAAAUUGAAGUCCAAAACAUCUGAAAGGCAUCACCUUGGCAAAGGCAGGUGUAAGGGAUCCACAGCUGUGGAGUGUAUGUGCUCUGACAUAGCCUUAUUUACAAAGAAAUCCCUUUACACAUCCCAUGUGCGUUGCAUCCCAAUCCAAAAGAGAGGCUUCAGUUUAAAGUAUGGAGUAUCUCUAAUUCUCACAACUUGAAGGAACUUCUCUUUCCCUUUGCAGAAACCUAUCUGCAAUUUAUUUAUUUAUUAACCAUUCCUUGAUGAAAAUUUGGCGGAGUCUGGUAGCAUUUUUGCUACCAGGGGCCACAUAAAAUUAGCUUAGAGGCCAGAUCUGGCCAGUGGCCUGCUGACUGCCAAUCCCUCCCUAGAGAUCAACAUAUAGGGCACCAUCUGCUAGGAAGUUCUCCAAUGGAAGCUUAAUAGAAAUUAAUAGGAGUUCCCAUCAAUGUUGCAGAGCUCCCUUUUAUUCGCCUGAGGCUUGUGCAGGUCAAUGGUCUGGAGGGUUGGGUCGUCAAAGAUCCCAUAGGUAAUCAAAGACAUGAAAUAAGCCAAUGUUUACUCAUUUCUGUUAAUGUGCACCCCUCUUCAUGUACCAUUAAUACUAUCACAUGCCAAAAAGCUACCAGACCCCAAGAAAUGUUUAUACUUUAUAGUUUUAUGGGUAUAUAAACUAUAUCUGUACAUACCCUUGCAUAAAGCAGAGUUCCCUAGACCGGUGCCCUCCAGAUGUUUCAGACUGCUAUUCCCAUCAACCCCAAUCCACCUGGCUGCCCUGGCAGGGGCUGAUGGGACUUGUAGUCCAAAAUAUCUUGAGGGCACCAAGUUGGGGAAGUGUGGCCUAAAGAACGAGAAAUAUAUAACUAAAGAUCAAAUCAAAGACCUGAAGUUAAAACAAACAUUUUCACACAUUUCAAAACAGGAAAAAAUGUCAGAAUUCAAAGUGGACUGAUAAAAACUUCUAAAUUUUUAUUUUUUAAAAGUUUGUCUAGAGCAAUACUUAACAUAACGUAUCAGAUUUUGUUGGUGAAUUUAAUGGCAAUGAUAUUACGUCCUAGCCUGAGAAAGUCAUUGGAUUCACAGGUUUAUUUCUCCUCCAUGCUCCCUGGCCCCCACCAGCAAUGAAAAAUGCAAUCAUAUCACAGAUUGGGAAUACUGGGCAGGAAAACAGAUUAGGAUAGCAGAUUUCACAAGCAAAUUUAAGUUAGAGAAUGUACUUCAGAAUUCCUCCCCCCCAUAAAAACACUUCACUCCUAAAUCAUCAAUAAACACCAGUUACCAAGAACAAGAUACGAUGAUAAUUGUUUACUUUUUAGAAAACCCCACUUCUCAGCCAUUUAGGACUAAUGUAGUCCUCACAACAUUCAUGCUAGGCUAGGCUGAGUGAUCGUGACUGGUCCAAGGUGAGCUACAGAAGUGGCUGGUUGGCUGGGGUGCAACAGCUGCAGCAGCUCCUUGGCAGGUGGGUUGCUGUUGAUUACCAGGAGGAAAGGCCAGCAGGGAUGUCAGGAUGGUACAAGGAUGCUGGCAGAGUGUGCAGUGGAGACAGGUGGCUCCGAUGUCAGUGGGACAGUGAAUUCACUCCAGGUUUUAGUCUGAACUUUCAAGGAGCUGUCCAAGCAGCGGAUUCAUUGCUCCACUGACAUUGGAGCCACCAGUCUCCACUGAGAGUAUGACCUCCCUACCCCCCUCGCCCCUCCUGGUAAGCAAGAGUGAGGCACCAGCUGGGAAGCUUUUGGUGAGUCAUAUGGCAAAGUGGUAAUUUGAUCCUAACCUUCCCCAAUCUAACUCUGACACUGGAUCAGACCAAUGGCCAUUCUAGUCCAGCAUCCUCAAGGGUUCUUGGGGAACCACUGAAUAAACUUAUAUGUUUGUUUUUGUUCUACAAAUCAAAGCAUGUAUUUUAAUAACCAGCCAUGAUCUUGCCUUUAACUGGUAUACUUUUAGGGGAAAAUUAACAGAUGGCACCAGCACCAUGUUACGAAAAUCACAGACUGUAAACCAAAGCCUUGUUAGCCUGUUUUAUCAUCCAGACCUGGUCCAGAUUAUAAAACAUCACUGUCAGAAAAUGAAAUCAAAGGCAGAGCCAAAUGUAUUCUUAAAUGUUCCAUGGACCAUCUAAAUGGAGCCUGUCGGCCACCCGUGGUCCAUGGCCCACAGUCUGAGAACUUCCAACAGAAGACAAACAAAGUAUAUAUUCUGAUUGGCCAUAAUAAUUAAAUGUCUGUUCCUAGAGACAUUGGGUUGCAUCCAGUGUUAGACAGAGGAGACUCUUUGAAAUUAAUGGCUAUGAGUAACUUAGAUCCAUUAAUUUUAAUGGGUCUUUUCUGAAUAGAAUUUAGUUGGAUGGAACUCUUUCUUUUUUUAAUGAGACUUUUCUGUUUUAUAUAUAUACACACAAACAUAUGUUUAUAAUAUAUGUAUGUAUGUAUAUGUUUAUUGAGAGGGAUUAAUUUGCUUUGGAGAGACGCAGGGGAAAAAAAAAAAGAGUGGCAAUACCCAAAGGUAGAAAAGACCUUGGAAAAUAGAGGAAAUUAACAUUAAACAUAUUUGUACUAAUGUUGCUUGAGCUAACAGACACACAGAAGUUAUCAAGUGUUUUUCCAAAGAGCCUCACAUUAGCAUCAAAAUUUGCUUCAGGUGAAAUUCCGUGGGCAGCCUAGGAAUGCAAGUGCCCCCCUCCCUCCUGAAAAAUUUCACUAAUCUCUCCAAACCUCUUCCAGCUUACCCUCCAAAAUCCCUCAAAUGUUUUGCCUGAGGAACUUGUGACCAGUUUCCCCUCAAAUUUUGCUUGAGGUGGAAUUUGGCAGCAGUUCUGUCAUAGCCAGAGCCUCAUGGAGCCCCUCAAAAAACAGCGCUGUUGGGAGCCAGAACUGAUGUGACAGGAAUGAGAUCUAGCCUGGCCACAUCUAAAGUGGGCAAGGCUGUGCGUCCUAUUUUAACACCCCUUCCCUGCUUUCAUUCCCUGUCUCUUCGAACAAUUUUCUUCUCAGCCCAGACCACUUCUCAUGUUGGACUUGGGCUUGUAGAAAAACAGCUGACGUACAGGGCUGAAUGGAACCCCCUCCCGUUUUACACCCAAUUUAUGAGCAGCGCAAUAAGGGUCCAUUCCCCCCCCCAUGAUUUUCAGUGGUUUCUGAAAUUUGAGGGCGGGAAAACCCAAUGCCCACCUUCAGAGCUCCUUCUGCUGGCUGCAAGCAGGUAAAGGUAAAGGUGUCCCCGCACUUGUAGUGCGAGUCGUUUCCGACUCUUAGGGUGAUGUCUUGUGACGUUUACUAGGCAGACCAUAUAUAUGGGGUGGGAUUGCCAAUUCCAUCCCCGGCCUUUCUUUAUCCCCCCAGCAUAUGCCGGGUACUCAUCUUACCGACCACGGAUGGAUGGAAGGCUGAGUGGACCUCAAUCCCUUUUACUGGAGAUUCGACUUCCUCCUUUCGUUGGAAUCGAACUCCGGCCGUGAGCAGAGCUUCGGCUGCGUUACCGCCACUUACCAUCUUUUUUUUUUUUUACCCUCAAAAGCCCAUGCCAGAAUAAUGCUCUGCCAUCCACACAGCAUCGCUCCUGGGGUUUUUGGGGACCAGAAAGGUGCCUGCCUGGAAGGAGUGAUGGAGGUGGGUGUUGAGUUUCCCUACCCUCAAAUUUCAGCCCCUGCUGAAAAUCAGUCGAAACAGCACCUGCCCAGAAGGAACUCCAGAAGUGGGUGGUGAAUUCUGCCUGCCAUCCCCCAAAUUUACCAGGGGCAUCAACCCACCCCCCACGCCUUAGAAGUUAACACUGAAAACUUCUAUAUGAGAAUGUUCAACUCAGCACCAGCCUGGAGAAAAGGAAUAGAGAGCCAGGCAAGGGAGAUUUAGGUCCCCUUACCUGCAUAACUCCUUGUAAAAAAAAGUAGAUAAACCGCUACUUCAUCAGGUCAGAGCUGUGGACAAAACAAUGUGGCUGCCCCCUAAACCUCUAGUUUAGCUUUCACUGAGAUCCAUUCACAUGUUCAAGUGUUUGGAACCACAUGCUGACUGAGAACACACAUAUGACGAGGCUAGCAUUAUAUUGAAUGGGGCACACAUGUUUCAGCUCACCCAGCCUGUUACAGGUCUGUGAAAGCUAUUGCAUUAUGGCAUUCAUGAAGCAUCAUGGGUCUAAGGAUGGGGAGAAAGCUUUUCAGGGGGUUCCACGUAUGGACCAAUAAAGAGAACUUAGGAAAUCUCUUAGGAAAUAAUUCCAAUAAAUUAAAAAUAUCCUCAUUGUUUCUUGAGUACAUUUGACAUGGCAUUUUGUGUACCCUGCAUGUAAAUAUGGCAUGACUGGACUUAAAAAUAAAGAAAAUUUGUUGUGCUGCGAA